CAGCUGUAAAAGUUCAGAAGAACUGUAGAAAACAGAAAGUAGGACUCUCUGAAACUGUUUGUGUUCUUUUCUGGGAGUUUGGCUGUCAAGUCUCUGUAUCCCAUCUACUCCUCAGUAUGGCUGAGCCUGCUGAGCUGCUGCUUAUCAAGGACCAGUAUGAGUUGGCAUUUCAUUCCCUGAGUCGGGGGUUGGCUGCUGAAGAGGCCGGAAAAAGAACAGAGGCUCUGGAGUAUUACAGAAAGGGUCGACAGCACCUUACCCAAGGACUGGGAGUUCCCACUAGGGGGCAGAAGCAGCAGGGAGCAGACUGGGACAAGGCCAGGCAGCUCCAGCAGAGGAUGAGGGACACUCUGACUACUGUCAACACCCACCUCUCUGACCUGGAAACCUCUCAGCUGACAGCAGGAGGCCAGAGGGGCCGACUGUUGAUUAAUCUUCCUCCCAGUCUUUACCCAGACCUUGCAUUUAACAGUCAGCCUCCCAGUAGCCCUCUCCACCAUCUGUACCCCACCAUACCCCCCACUACUCAGAACACAUCCCCAAUCCCAAAUACACCUCCUGCCAGGCCAGUUCGUCCAUCUGCUCUGUACAGACGCACGGUCCCUGCUAGAUCAGUAGCCAUGGCUGACCCAGGGGAUCAGCCUCCACCAUACACACGCCAGCCCGCAGAUGGACACCGCAGCUUGGCUUGUGGUCCUGCUGGGCAUGGCCUCAGGUCAGGAAAACAGACUGGAACAGCAGCAGGAAGAGAGGGAAGUGACCUACUUUUCAUCCCCUCUGGGGUACAGAUGUUUUUUGUGGCCCCAAAUGGACAGGUCAGCUCCCUGUCUUAUUCAGGGUACCUUCGCAUCAUCAUGGAUGGCAGUCAGAAACAGGAUUCCACUGCUGGACGACCCUCAGCUAUUCUGCAUGUGUGUGACAGGCUCUACCCACUGACAGCAGAUACUCCAGUGCUGUUGGCUAACACUGGGAUCUUCAUGUUCUCUGACUCCUCGGUCGAGGCACCAGGGCCGUAUAUGGGCAUAGUGCUGUCCUCUGAACUGCCUGCUGCCAAGCGAGAGAUGUUUCAGGACCUUCUCUCACAGUUCGCUGAUCUUAGGAUCCAGGGUCCAGAAGAAGGAGGGGAUGAAAUCAUCAAUCUCAGUACAAAGAUCCCCCUUGGUCCCCCAAAUGAACACGUAGAACUGACAGUGCCAUGUGAGAAGGAAAAGCCACCACUUCCUGGAUGGAGUACGAAGAUGGGACAAGGAAUCUUGUCAGGAGCUACACAGCUGAGUGAAAAGUUUACAAAAGGAGCAGAGGCCACUGGUAGGGCCAUUCAUAGAGGAGGAGCCAAGAUCCGGGACCACAUCACCCCUGAGGAAACUCCUUCAGAGGUCAGCCCCCGUGUCACCAGGGGUCUGCAGACAACUCAGCGGGCCACUGGGGGUGCUGUGCAAUUCAGCAGGUUCUUGGUUAAUGGACUGAGUGCAGUGAUAGGACAAGCAGCAGAGAAGAUGGCACCUCAUGUGAAGAAACAUGGUGCUAAGCUUGUCCCAGAGUCUAUGAAGAAGCGCAAUGAUGGCAGCCCUUCCAACUUAGAAGGAACCAAGUUUGUGGCAAGCAGCAGUGUAAAAGGCAUCUCUGCUGUUUGGUCUAGUCUGGCAAAUGGAGCAAAGCUUGUGGGCAAAAGUGUCGCAGCAGAGACUGUCACAUCAGUGACCUACAAAUUUAGGGGCUUAGAGAAUCUAAUAAACAUGUCCAGCAACAUAUGACUGCUUGGGGAAGUUAAGGCAAAGAAUUGCAAACUAACUACUGACUCUGCUGGGCCCUUUCAUGUAUACUUUCAUUAACUCAGACAAGUCAGAUGGAAACCUUAAAUAAUUCAAAUUUCAAAUCUAAUGCAACAACUAUCACAGAAUUGUCUUCAUCAGUUGUUGAUAAAUUGCAUUUGAAUAACCUCUGGGUUCCUUUUUUGACUCUGUGUCUUUCUGGGUCCAAGAUAACUGCAUCUCUUGUCUGUUUGUGUUGGGUGGUGAUGUUCUGAUACUCUGUGCAAACUAUCUGUAGCCCUUUCUCCUGGUGUGUCGCUAAUAAAAUGCUGCACAGUAUAGUAUGACUGUUUUUCUUGAACUUUGGUGUGUUCAUAUGACUGUCAAGAGAACCAAUAUCACUUAAUUUGCAUCAGCAUUUCGAGCCUGUACACA